AUGAAGCUACCCUCGGUGUCAUGUCUGCUUCUUGCGAACACCACCCUCGCCUUCACCAACGAGAGGUUGAAUAAAAAUGAUUCCCUGCUCCUCAUCCUCGACCUCCAAGAGGGCUUGUACCAAGUGGCACGAGACUGGGACCACGCAACCUACCGUCAGAACAUGUUUGCACAUGCAGAGCUUGGUCGAGUCUUUGACCUUCCCGUCGUCAUGACCACGUCGGCCGAGACGGGGCCGAACGGACCUUUGCCUGGUGAAUUCCGGCAGUGGUAUCCCGAUGCGCCUCUGAUCAAGCGACAGGGCGAGGUCAACGCGUGGGACAACGCCGAGUUCCGCGAGGCAGUCAUCGCAGCCAACAAGUCGCAAAUCAUUGUUGGUGGCAUCACUACAGACGUUUGUGUGGCCUUCCUAGCCCUGUCACUUCGCGAAGCCGGAUACAGCGUCUGGGCGAACGUCGAAGCCUCCGGCACCACCACAGAGCUCAUCCGCGACACGUCCAAUGACCGCAUGAGGCAUGCGGGAGUUAAUGUCAUCUCUUUGUUCCAUAUUGUGUGUGAACUCAUGCGCGAUUGGCGCAACACACCAGGAGCAAAGGAAAUCUUCCCGUACCUCGACCAGUACUACCCGGUCUAUGGCUCACUUGCUCGAGCCCACCGCGGUGCUGUCAACAACGGCACCGUGGUACCAGGUGAGGCUGACUUGCCUUAA